AUCACGCCCAUUUCCAUCCCCCGUUCACUUCACACAGACGUCUCGCCUCGCUAAACCCCCGCUGCCCUCUCUGUCGAGCUCGCCUGAGGCCACCUCGAAGAAAUUCUCCUCCUGGCUCUUCCUCCCCUCUACCGGACCGAUUCCUCUGCCCGGCAAGAUUUUGCGGGGGACGGCGGCCGCGGUCGGGAAGAAGGCCUGCUUGAUCCUGGACUCGGCCAGAUAGAUUGGUUAAGUAAUGACAGUAGAGGAUUUUAUUGACUUGGUCAGUGACGAAGAUAGCAUUGAAGGAAAUGAUCAUAAUGGCGGUCAGUGUGAUGAUGCAGCUGAAACUACAGCAUCCUCAUCAAUUUCAGCACCAGGUGUUAUUGCUACAGCAUCCUUGUCAAUGGCUGAACGAGGAGAAGGUGCUAGAACAACAUCAUUGUCAGUGACAAAAAAGAGUGCUACUUCAUCCUCACCAAAUAUAGAACACCAGAGUGAUGAGCCAGUUGCAUUGCUGCGCCCCCCUCCCAUUCCAUCAGCUUUGCCAUUUCCCAAGGAGUUCUGGAAAGCUGGAGAUUACAAGGUUUCUGCUCAAGCGGCUAAUAACAAUGGUGCAAGCCGUUUGCGGAUCCAUCCCAAGUUUCUUCAUUCAAAUGCUACUUCGCAUAGAUGGGCAUUUGGUGCUAUUGCUGAACUGCUUGACAAUGCUGUUGAUGAGGUGAACAAUGGGGCAUCCUUUGUGAAAAUAGAUAAGAUGAAAUAUUCUCCUCAUGGCGAGUAUUCGUUAGUGAUACAAGAUGAUGGAGGCGGUAUGAGUCCUGAGGAUCUUCGACGUUGUAUGAGCUUUGGGUUCUCCCACAAAAGCACAGAUUCAUCAAUUGGACAAUAUGGUAAUGGGUUCAAAAGCAGCACAAUGAGGCUUGGGGCAGAUGUUAUCGUAUUCAGCUGCAGACAAGGCAAUAGAUUGACACAAAGCAUUGGGCUGCUCUCCUACACAUUCCUUACAAGAACCGGCUGCAGCGACAUAUUGGUGCCAGCAGUUGACUAUGAAUUUGAUGCAUCAAGUUGUACUUUGAAGAGGAUAAUUGACCAUGGUGAAAAACACUUCUCUUCCAAUUUAUCCACUCUUUUGAGGUGGUCUCCAUUUUCUACAGAAAACGAUUUAUUGAAUCAAUUCAGGGACAUUGGAACCCAUGGUACAAAAAUUGUUGUAUUCAACUUGUGGUUCAACAGUGCGGGGGAAACAGAGCUCGACUUUACAACUGACGACAAGGAUAUUAUAAUAUCGGGAGCACCCAAGAUACGACAAGAAUACAAGGAAGUAGAAAUGUUGAAUCAUAUGCAUAUUGCAAAUCGCUUCCGAUAUUCACUUCGUGUUUAUGCAUCUAUACUAUACCUUCAUCUACCAGAACAGUUCAAAGUCAUCUUGUGUGGACGAGUUAUUGAACCCCAUCAUAUUGCAAGUGAUCUCAUGUACCGUGAAUGUAUCAAAUAUCGACCACAAGUUGGAGUAAGCACAGAGAUUGAUGUCAUAACUACAAUUGGCUUCUUAAAAGGUGCUCCAAAACUGGAUGUCUACGGAUUCAAUGUCUACCAUAAGAACCGUCUCAUACUGCCAUUUUGGCCUGCAGGCUCUGAGAGAAGUAAUGGCAGAGGCAUUGCUGGUGUUUUAGAGGCAAAUUUUAUAAGACCUACGCAUGAUAAGCAAGAUUUUGAGAAGACAGGACUUUUCCAGAGGCUCGAGACGCGACUAAAAGACAUGACAAGGGAGUAUCGGAAGCAUAAUGGUCAUUUGAUUUACUACACCCGAAGAGCUACCACAAAGACUUGUGCUGGCAGUUCAAGUGCCAAAGCAUCUGUGAUGUUAGAUCCUUGUUCCAAUGGAGGCAACUCACGAGAUCCUUUGCAUGUUGGUUCCUCGAGGGAUCAAAUGGGCUAUGGUGCAUGCUCUUCAACGCCGAUAAAUAUACCUGACCAGACUGAACCAUGCGAAAGAAGGAACUCUUGUUCAGUGAUUGAUGGGAGGGCUAAAAAGAGGCAGAACACUAAUGGUUAUGUUAACCAACCAGCUGGAGGCGUCAAUACUAUCGAGCUGGGAGCUUGGAGCCAGAUUCUGAAGUCCGAGUGCUCCGAGCUCGAGGCAACAGCACAACAGCUCCUGUGUAAGGCAGAUAGCUUGACGAAUGAUCUCCAUAAGUGGCAGUUGGUGCUCAAGGGCCUGGAAGAUGAGUUGCAGUUCUACGAGGUUCUUGGCACCUUGCAGCAUCAACCCGGUGGUGGCAGAUCCUACGUUGGACAGCGACACUAAUUAGAGUAUCAACUGGGAUCUGGCAGUGGAGGUCUUACCUGGCUCUACUUCUGCUGCGUAUAUAGAGACUCUUAACUCAAGAUGGUAUGAAGUCCCCUCCAGACAAUCAACUGACAGCCACGGGAUCCGACGCAGUUACUUUCACGGCGAAGGCGUUAGAUUGGUAAUUGCAUGGAUGUCAUGUGCAAUUUAUCCUGACAAUUUGCUUUCGUACUGUUGUCAUUUACCUCGCUCACUGAACCAUUUCACAGUAGAAAAGUUUGGGAGAAUAUGAUGAUUUCGAAAACGGCAUGUUUUGCGAACAGGAGGGAGCUGUAGUCAUGUGGACAUGGCAUUAUACCAGGAAAUUACUAAUCACCAUCCAUUUAGUUCAUUAGUUGCAUACAUAUA